AAACCAAAUCAAAAAAUGCUUUCCUUCCUCCGUAACCUUAUCGUUCUUCUCGGCCUUAUUGCAAUUGCCACUGCCCAAAUUGGAGUCAACACAGGAUUGGGCGUCGGGCCAGCUAGAGCCGGAGCAAACUUGAACGGAGGCGGCUAUGGAAACGGUUAUGGAAAUCAGGGAGCUUAUGGGAACGCCGGACUUGGUGUCAACCCAGGAGGCGUCGCUGGAGGAGUUCUUGGAUAAUUUAAAUUUAAUUGUAUAUGUAUGUGAAAGUUUUGAAUUUAAUAAAUAUUAAUGCAUAUC